AUGGAUUUGAGGAAAAACUGUUGGAAUUUAGUUAAAGCACUUCUUGUGUCAUUUGUAUCCGGAUUUGGUAUAAAAUUGAACUUAAAAGCAAGAAAUGUAAGAAAUGAUAAAAGAGAAAAUGUUUUGAGAGCUGCGCAUGGCAGUUUACGAUUUACGAGCGAACACUUGUUGAUUAAAUGA